CUGCGGCGGCUCGUGCGGCCCCGGCGGCGCCGGCGCUUCCCUUUGUCCGCGGGGCCGAGCGGGGCUGCGGGGCGCGGCGGCGGCGGCGGCGUCCGAGCUGCGGGUGGGAGCCCGCGCGGCAGCUGAGGCGGCGGCUCUCCCGCGGCCGGCCGCCGGCGCCCGCGCUCCGAGGCGAUGCCGGACCAGAUCUCCGUGUCGGAAUUCGUGGCCGAGACCCAUGAGGACUACAAGGCGCCCACGGCCUCGAGCUUCACCACCCGCACGGCGCAGUGCCGGAACACCGUGGCGGCCAUCGAGGAGGCUUUGGAUGUGGACCGGAUGGUACUUUACAAAAUGAAGAAAUCCGUGAAAGCAAUCAAUAUCUCUGGGCUGGCACAUGUGGAAAAUGAAGAGCAGUACACCCAGGCUCUGGAGAAGUUUGGUGGCAACUGUGUGUGCAGAGACGACCCAGAUUUAGGAAGUGCAUUCUUGAAGUUCUCGGUGUUUACGAAGGAGUUGACAGCGCUUUUCAAAAACCUGAUUCAGAACAUGAACAACAUCAUCUCCUUCCCGUUGGACAGUUUGCUGAAGGGGGACCUGAAAGGCGUGAAAGGGGAUCUGAAGAAACCUUUUGAUAAAGCUUGGAAGGACUAUGAAACAAAAAUAACCAAAAUAGAAAAGGAGAAAAAGGAACAUGCCAAGCUCCACGGGAUGAUUCGCACCGAAAUAAGUGGGGCGGAAAUAGCCGAAGAGAUGGAGAAGGAGAGGCGGUUCUUCCAGCUCCAGAUGUGCGAGUAUCUGCUGAAGGUCAAUGAAAUAAAGAUUAAAAAGGGAGUGGAUUUACUUCAGAAUCUGAUCAAAUAUUUUCAUGCUCAGUGCAAUUUUUUCCAGGAUGGACUGAAAGCAGUUGAAAGCCUCAAACCUUCCAUUGAAACUCUUUCAACGGAUCUUCACACAAUCAAACAGGCCCAGGAUGAAGAAAGAAGGCAGCUGAUACAGCUUCGGGAUAUUCUGAAAUCAGCAUUGCAGGUUGAACAGAAAGAGGAUUCACAAAUUCGCCAGAGUACAGCGUAUAGCUUACAUCAGCCUCAGGGGAACAAGGAACAUGGAACUGAGCGAAACGGGAACCUCUACAAGAAAAGUGACGGGAUCCGAAAAGUGUGGCAGAAAAGGAAAUGCUCGGUUAAAAACGGCUUUUUGACCAUUUCCCAUGGUACCGCGAACCGCCCUCCCGCAAAGCUCAACCUUUUAACCUGCCAAGUGAAGACCAACCCCGAGGAGAAGAAGUGUUUCGACCUCAUUUCUCAUGACAGAACGUACCACUUUCAAGCAGAGGACGAGCAGGAGUGUCAAAUAUGGAUGUCUGUGCUGCAGAACAGCAAGGAAGAAGCCCUGAACAAUGCGUUCAAAGGGGACGACAACACCGGAGAGAACAACAUCGUCCAGGAGCUGACCAAGGAGAUCAUCUCAGAAGUGCAGAGGAUGACGGGCAACGACGUGUGUUGCGACUGCGGGGCCCCAGAUCCAACCUGGCUUUCUACCAAUCUGGGCAUCCUGACUUGCAUUGAGUGUUCUGGAAUCCACCGAGAGCUGGGCGUUCACUACUCCAGGAUGCAGUCCCUGACAUUAGAUGUGUUAGGAACAUCUGAACUGCUGCUUGCCAAGAACAUCGGGAAUGCAGGCUUUAACGAGAUUAUGGAGUGCUGCCUUCCAGCUGAGGACUCGGUCAAACCCCACCCAGGCAGCGACAUGAAUGCGAGAAAGGACUACAUCACUGCCAAGUACAUCGAGAGGAAAUAUGCAAGGAAAAAACAUGGGGAAAACUCAGCCAAACUCCACAGCCUGUGUGAGGCCGUCAAGACCAGAGAUAUUUUCGGAUUACUCCAAGCAUAUGCUGAUGGUGUGGAUCUAACAGAGAAAAUUCCCCUGGCCAACGGACAUGAGCCCGAUGAAACAGCGCUCCACCUCGCAGUCAGAUCCGUGGACCGCACUUCCCUCCACAUCGUGGACUUUCUAGUCCAGAACAGUGGGAAUCUGGACAAGCAGACGGGGAAGGGCAGCACAGCGCUGCACUACUGCUGCCUGACGGACAACGCCGAGUGCCUGAAGCUGCUGCUUCGCGGGAAGGCCUCCAUCGAGAUAGCUAACGAGUCAGGGGAGACCCCACUGGACAUUGCCAAGCGCCUCAGACAUGAGCACUGCGAGGAGCUGCUGACCCAAGCCUUGUCUGGAAGGUUCAAUUCUCACGUUCACGUUGAGUAUGAAUGGCGACUGCUACAUGAGGACCUGGAUGAAAGUGAUGACGACAUGGAUGAGAAAUUGCAGCCCAGCCCCAGCCGGCGCGAGGACCGGCCCGUCAGCUUCUACCAGCUGGGCUCCGGCCAGCUACAGUCCAAUGCCACCACAUCUCUGGCCAGAGACGCCGCCGGCCUCGCCAAGGACAAGCAGAGGAGUUUUGUGCCCAACAUCCUGCAGAACGAGACAUACGGGACCAUCCUGAGCGCAAGCCCGCCGUCCACCCAGCCCACCGCCCCCAGCACCGCCAGUGCCCCCCCACUGCCCCCGAGGAACGUUGCCAAAGUUCAGACAGCCACCCCAGCUAACGCCACGUGGAAGACAAACUCUGUAAGGGUGGACGGUGUCAGCAGGCAGAGAUCUUCGUCAGAUCCGCCAGCUGUCCAUCCACCACUCCGCGUGACAUCUACCAAUCCCCUAGCUCCCACACAGGCCCCUCCCGGAGCAAAGCUGUCCAGUGUGAUGGACGUCCUGAGCCAGCAGAACAAGCCCACCCUGCCCGGGGCUCUGCCCAGCAAGGCCUCAGCCCCACCGCUGCCCCCUCAGCCGCCCAACCGACCCCCCCAGAAGAGGCCUGCUCCUGGGACCGACAAGUCCACCCCGCUGAUCAGCAAAGGCCAGCCCAGAGGACCUGCAGCUGAUCUCUGCGGAACAGACACCGCGGGUCCCCUGUCCAGCACGGUGGCAGUGCAGCCCCCGGCACCCAUGCCCCGGAAGUCACAGACGACCAAGCUGAAGCCCAAGCGGGUGAAAGCCCUGUACAACUGCGUGGCCGACAACCCGGACGAGCUGACCUUCUCGGAGGGGGACGUGAUCAUCGUGGACGGGGAGGAGGACCAGGAGUGGUGGAUCGGCCAUCUAGACGGAGACCCCAGUCGCAAAGGAGCAUUUCCCGUAUCAUUUGUGCACUUUAUUGCUGACUAAGUUGCUCCUGAACGAAGCACUCCUGCUGAGAGUUAUGUUCCCGUAUCACUCUUGGUACUGAGACUCUUGCCAGACUCUGCCCAGUUUCGUGAGCGAUUGUCCGGUGGCCCCCUCUCUCUAAAGCCACUAUCGUGUUUUAAAACCUCAAAGGCAAUUUAGAUAUAAAUGAAUUGUUUUUAUAAUUUGUGGUUUUCAUGAGACAUUGCUAUACUUUUUUUUUUUUAAGGAAAAAUUGGCUUUCCUGAGAGGUGAACUGAAAAAAAAAAAUUAUUUUAACUACAAUAUCAAGAUCCUGAAUCUGUAGAACUAGCUGAACCAGAAAUCAAAUUUUGAGUUUGGAAAUAAAUUCACUCUGCUUUCUUUGGCAGUUCUAGAGGCAUGACCUUUAGCGCUGUUAUUUCAGGAAGUCAAUAAGCCGUUCCUUUAGGUAUCUAUAGCCAUAGUGGAGAAAACUCUCACCUUUUCUAGGUAAGAUGCUACCAACUCACCUUUUUAAUGUUUUAAAAAAAUUUUUUUUGGCUUUUUGGGUCACACCAAGUGAUACUCAGGGGUUACUCCUGGCUCUGCACUCAGGAGUUACUCCUGCUGGUGCUUGGUUGACCCUCUGGGAUGCCGGGGAUCAAAACCAGGUAGCUAAUUGCUCCGGCCCCACCUUUAAAAAAAUUUUUUUUUUAAAUGUUUUUCAAGUUUUCUUUGAAAUCUACCCGGUAUUUAUUUAAAGAACUUGGAAAUUCACACCUCAGCCUCCGUCCCUCCCGCCCGGUCGUGAGGCUGCCGCUCUCCUCGUCUCCUGCAUGUGUGUGACAGUGGUGAACAUCCUGCUUCACAGCGCUCCCCCACGUGUGCGACGGCCCCACAGGGUCACCACGCUGACCUCACCUCGGCGCCAGGUUCCAGGAAACUGCAUCUUGUGAGUUCAGUUAGAAAACUAAGGUUGACGGAUUGCAAAAUCAGAUCCUUAGUUUAUACGCUUUAGGUAGCUUGGACUUUGCCUUCUUGAACUUCAUCAGUCAUCCAGGAAACAACCGCAGAGAGAACCCUGUGGCACCGACCACCUCCCACACUAGCUGUCUCCCGUCGAGUGUACCACUGCCUGCCCUUUCGAGCUCAUGAGAAUGUUUACUCCGUCUAGUGUCUUGUAUCUAUAUAACAUGCCAACAGGAAUGGUAGUCACACUGUCUCGGAAUUGAAACUGUUCCCUGUUUGUCAUCAAGAGCAUAUCAGAAAUCUGUAGGUCCCAGGUAAUAAAAUACCCCUUCCCAUCCCAGUCUCACUAUUAAAGCCCCCAUCAUAUCAUCCUUAAGCCUAAGCUACUGGGGUUUGGGGGGUUAGAUUGUAUGAUAAAAAUCAAAAUUUCAUUAGUUUAAUGAACUUGACUGUCAUAUCUCUAGUAAUUGUGAGCAUAAGAUUCAUUGUAGGAAUAUUGGAACUAUUGGCACUCUUUGAGAUUAGUUAGGCAUAUGAUAUAAUGCCCACUUGAAUUUUUACUGAAAGCAAAGGAAUAAAUUGAAAAUGUAGGCUUGGAAAGUGAGGCAAUGGUGCUUUUAUUGCGUUUAUUAUGAUGGUACAUUUGAUUGAAGCAGCCUGUCUUUAUUAUGCAACUCUUGUAAUCUUUUUUUUAAAUUUUUAUUGCAUUGUAUUUUUCGUUGCUAGUAUGAAAGCAGACAGAACAAACUGGAAAGUUUUAUGAUGUUAUGUGGCAAUUGCAUUUUGCCUUUCAAAGUUUUGUGUAAAAAUGUGUUAGGUCUGUAAUUAGCCUUUUUUUAAAACACUACAUCUAUUUUCACUAAUUAUUGAUUUGUGUUGUUUGAAUCCUCUAUUUAGUUAAUUCUCAUAGAUUUAAGAAGAUAAUAAACAGAUGUAUUUUGCACAGUGCCCAUUAUGUCUAACACAAUUCUCAUGCAUCUGUAUUUUAUAAUCUGCCUUUGGAUUACUUGGUGCCAGCUAACUAAGGAAUUCAAGUUAAUUCAUAUCAACAUUUGAACACCAGUCCCAUAUGAAUCUAUCAGGUCCACUGGUACAGAAAUAUUUAGAAAUAUUUUUCCAGUAUACAAUUUGGUGGUGCUAUUGUGCAGUAAUUAACAUUACUUUUGCCAGAAGAGAAAUUAUAUUAACUUCCCUACUAACAUCUUUUCCUAGUUAUUUACUCUUCGCAAAUUUUUUUUAAAAGCAACUGAGAGGAAAGCAUUGUAGAUAAUCUAUUUAUAUUUAAAGUUUAUGUUCCAUGAACUUAGCUGCAGGAUUCUGGCAUUUUGCAUGCCAUUUUCCAUCAGACCUGAUUCCUCAGGAUGGCGACUCAGAAAUAUGUGCACAGAUUAAGUUGCUCUGAUCUGUUAAGGGAUGGACCAUGUCGCAUAGUCUGGAAUGCUAUUUGAGAUGUAUGAUAUUCAAUUCAUUCACUUGAUUACUUUGGUCUAGUUGCAGCGCAACUGUAUAUAUUGUAUAACCUAAAUCAAUUCUUAUUUUCAUUGUCCUUAAUGCAGUGAUUUAUAAUUAGAGCAUGUUUAAGUUUACUCUUCUUGUUAACUAGUCAUUUGACUGGAAAAAAAUAAAAUACUUUUAAAUGGA